CGCAUUGGCAUUUGAUGAAAUUGAAAAUCAAAAUGGCGGUCCUAUACAUGUUGUGAACAAGCUCUUUCGAUGAUCCUAUCCGUUGCUUCGAUCCGUGCGAAGCUGCGCUGUAAAAAUUCCUGAUCGAACGCAUUUUUAGGCAUGCGCAUGCGUGUGCAAGACAAGGAUCAAAACGAUGUAAGAAUCUUCUGAGAAGAUAUGGUCACAAAAGACAAAGACUGACGAACAAGAAAAUCCAGCACGAUCACAUGAUCAAGAUCAUGUUCAUGUAUACUAAGAUUGAAGUCGAUUAUGCACACACUGACUUUCCCUCGCAUGCACAGAAUAUGCGCAAAAAAGACCAAACCGACAGGCACACGAAAUUUUUUCCUUGAAUAUCUUCAGACCCGUUGGUUAGAUCAGACCCGUUGAUAUUUCAAGACGUGUGAAACAAGUGAAACCCGAAUCAAUUACUGACACAUUGCAUUUAUUCUUACCCGGAUUCGAAGAUUUCCCCUUCCUUCAUUCGUGCUGCUAGUUUUCGUCCUUGCCCCUCGGAUCUGAUAUUACAAGAUAUCCCGCUAGUUUAUUCCAAAAUGUCGUCUCCCACGAGCAUGUCCCGCUCCGGCGACGACAACCCGUUGACCCGUAACGUGGACAAGGUCGUUUCCGGGCUGGAAAAACAGCUGCCCCCCGAAUGCCACUCCAGGUUGAAACAAAAUGCCUUCGUCGCGGCCGAGUCCGAAAUUCAAGAACUCGGCGAACAGGUGUUUGACGACCCAGCAGACAAGGAAAGCGACAACUUCUUCGUCAUCACGGAGCAGAGCCACAAGGCAGAGAAGGUAAGCGGAGACGAGAAGGGUGAAUUUUCGAAAAGCGGAGAUGGCGCCGGUCCUACAGCUGAGACCACCGACCCCCAGGGGCUUGGGCUGGCUGCGAAGCGGGAUAUCCCCAGGUAUUCGGUCGUCUUCCAAGAUAAGCCGGUUCUGAAACACGACGCGGACAAGACAGAAUUUAACCUUGAGGCCUGUCAAAACUGGUUCUGGAAAGAACUCAACGACACACAAAUGGAAGCGGUUUUGCAGUUGAAGUGUAAUCCGCGGGCCGGCGUGCAGCGAGAUGGCGACAGCAGCGCCUUGGAAGACUUGAACUUUCUCGCUGCGACUAAGAAAGACGGGGAGAAUGAUAAAGCGACCCAAAAGCCAAGCUUCAAGACCCUGUCUCCCGAGGAGCUGACGCAUUUGCUGGAUUUGAAAGAGCGAGGCUUUCCGACCGAGGAGGAGAGCACGCUGGUGCGUGACUACAUCCGACAAAAUUACGUGGUGCCCGAUAGCAGCAGCACAGAAGAUACCGGCUUCAAAAAAAUGCUGGAAAGCGCACCAGAUGCUGUCCAGCAGCUCGCGGUAAAAAUGGCGUACGGUGCGGUGCGCACGAACAGCAUCCGCGAGGACAACUUUAUCCUUCUCUUCCCGCUUCUUUCCCGCGUCAAUCACGGCUGCCGGCCGAACCUGUGGCAACAGAACGGCGUUGUGCUGGCACUGCGCGACAUUCAGGAGGGCGAGGAGCUGUUUUGGUGCUACCCGCAGGGGAAAGUACUAGAUGAGUGGCAGGACACGGCUCAGCAUUUCCUCUUUCUCGACUGGAAGAAUCGGCAAGACUACCUGCACCGUUUGUACGACUUCAAAUGCCGCUGCGUUCGCUGCAGCGAGUUCUGUUCCUCCGCUUCUAGUGGUCCGUCCGAGGCGCAAUUUUCGGAGGAGAACGCGCGGCUAAUUCCGCUCCGACAGGGCUUCACGGAACUGACACAGUUCAUCAAUAAAGCGGCCCCGUCAACGAAUAGCAAAGACACAGAAGAGGCGGACGGAGAGGACUGGAGGAGCGCGAUGGAGCUUUGCGCGGUGCUAGAGAACGCGCUGGAAGAGGAAAAUCUCAGUCUCGAUAUCAAACUGCUGGCCCAGAUGGCAUCUCUCCGGGCGGUCUAUGCGAGCGCUGGGCUUCUGGCGGCGCACGACGGGACAGCGAGUGGUAUUGUCGAGCCGGGAAAGAAAAUUCCAAAUAAGAAUGCUGGCACAUCAGUGUCGGAAGUAGAAGAGGCGGAAGUGACUUCAAUUUCGGAUGGUGUAGAGGCUUCGGAAAGAGAGCACCUCAUGACGCAAGCGGUGGACAUUGCAGUGCAAACCGUGCAGAAGGAACUGAUGUGCCACAUGCUGGGGUACGGCGCGACUGCGAAACCAGUGCUGGACCUGACAAAUGUACUUGGCAAGCUCUAUUACAUCCAGUCACUGCGACAAUGCGUCCGCAUGUACGAAAGCCGGUUUGGAAAGUACAAGGCCGCGGCCGGAGGCGCUUGAGACUGGUUUGCUGCAUCGACAACAUCAUCAAGCAUUUCCAUAAUUAUCAUUUUCUGCACUGUGGAUACACUAGGCGAAACACUUACUCAGACGCCAGCUACACUUACACUCCAUGACGACCAUCUGAAUGCAAGCACUUUGACCAAGAAACUCAACGUGGCCGAUCCACCGUGCUCCUAG